AUGCGCUCCCUCUCUCCUGGACAGUACAUCAAGAUCCCCUGUGCCCUGGGCAGCCCUGGGGAAGGAGCUCGCCUCUUCACCUUCUACCUGUCCCGCUACAGCAAGGACAAGCCGCAGGCCAGCUUCGACUGCAUCCGGCAGUACGUCUCCAGGCUGGGUCAGAGCCAGCUGGACUGUGUGGGCAGCAUCCAGGAGAAAAUCACCGUCUGUGCCACCGAUGACUCGUACCAGCUGACGCGGGCGCGUGUGUCCCAGGUGGAGAAGGAGGCGUGGAGCAGAGCUGCUAUCGAGAUCAAGCCAGCAGCCCCAGGCCAUGGCAAAUGUGUCGCUAUCCCAAAGAAGCUGGGCAUGAGCACCCCACUGGGGAAGUGCCCCACUGGGUGCCCUGCUCCAGGGGGCAGGAAAUGUAGCCCCAUGGGGACAGAUCGCAGGGUUCUUGUGAAAUGCCUAGUGCAGCUUCUGGCCCUGCGGCCUCACUGCAAACAUGAGCUCCUGGAGCGGCUGAACAGGGUGCAGAUCAGCCUGAAGGACAGGGCCCAGCUGCUGCCCAUGCUGGAGGAGGUGGGGCAGCUGAACCCCCGGGAGAGCAGCUACAGUCUGAAGGAGGAGCUCUUUGGGCAGGUGCAGGAGGACUGGCUGGGCUACACGGCCAAGGAGCAGCAGCAAGUCAGGCAGCUCCUGCGCAGGAAACAGGCCCACGGAGCUGUGGACAGGCCCUUCUUAGUGCCUCUGGAGUGCCCGUCUUGCCAAGGUGCCAGCAGAAGGCCCUUGGGCGUGAAGCGGCUGGCACUGCUGGAUGCCUCGGACCCACAAGGGCUGAAGAAACCCUGUGCCCAAGAGCACCCCCCCAGCUCUCUGGGGUCCCACCACAGCCUGCAGGAGCCUGGCCUGGAGCAUCGGAGAGCCCAGAGCCAGCGGCAGCCAUGCCACCUUCCCAGGCCCAGCACGGAGCUGCAGAGCUCAGAGGAGGAGCCGAGUGAUGGGGAGGGAGGUGAUGACUGGGAAGAGGGAGCUCUGCGCCUGGAGCAGCACCUUUCUGCCCUGCAAGACAGCAGCUCCCGGGCAAGCCCCCCGUCCUCCUUUGCUGAGCUCCCAGAUUACUGCCGGAAAUACAGAGCCAUCUGUUCAGUGGAGCAGCAUCACGCCUACAUGGAGGCGUUCAGUGCGGAUUACGCAGAGUACCGGCGCCUCCACACCAGGAUCGGACACGUGAGCAAGACAUUCAUCCAGCUGGGAGCCAAAAUCAAAACGCUGCCGCACGGGACGCAGGAGCACAAGGCAGUGGAAGACAGAAUCUUACAGGAAUACCGGAGGUUCAAGCAGACCUACCCCAGCUACAGGAAGGAGAAGGACCGCUGCGAGUAUCUUCACCAAAAGCUGUCCCACAUCAAGGGCCUCAUCCUAGAGUUUGAGAAGACAGGGGCUGCCUAG